AUCUCUUUUUUGUAAAUAUCAUAUGUUUUUUUGGUCUGAUAUUUAAUUUUAACAGUACAAACUCAAAAUUUCUACCUCACAUUGUACCAAUUUUUUUUUUUCACCACUCACCCGUCAUUAGGGAGUAUAGAGAGAAAGGGGUGUUGGGGAUAUGAGAAUGAGAGAAGGCUCUGAUGAGAGAGUUGAAGAUGAAAACGUGUGGUUUUGGAAUGAGGUGAGUGAAGAGAGGUGAAACAUAGUUGAGAAGGUUAUGGGAUUGAGAGAAGGCUCUGAUGAGAGAGUUGAAGAUGAAAACGUGUGGUUUUGGAAUGAGGUGAGUGAAGAGAGGUGAAACAGAGUUGAGAAGGUUAUGGGAUUGAGAUGCUGUGAUUAAGUGCUCUGCGAUUGUUGUGUGUGAUUGAAGGUUGUGAAUUAUGAUUUGUGCUUGAAUUUGUUUUACAUGAAUUUGUGUACGGCAGAAACUUUUCAGCAGUUUUACCACUAUUUCUGCCAAACAACUCAUGUUCCCAUUCAUCUGUUUAGAGAAUAAUAAUGAAAUAAAGAAGAAAAAAAAAUGCAUCAAUCACUAUUUUAUAGUAGUACCUCAAAAUUAUAGGAAUAGGAAUGAAACAAUUUAAUCUCCUAAGAUUAAGCAAUUAUUAAAUUAAAUUGAACAAAUAUCAAAUCAAAUUAUCAAUAGUAUCAAACGAAACCUUACAUAAAUUUUUUGUAAAAAAAGUGGAAAAAAGAAAAUGCACAUCCAGGGAAUCGAACCCUGGUCCGUACCGUGGGAGGGUACUAUGAUGCCACUACACCAGAUGCACUUAAUGUUAAUAAUAUAUUAUAGCAAAUAUAUGAUGAAAUAUUUUAGUACUCUGCGAAUGAUUUCUCUGAUUCUUAUUACACGUUUCCCACUGUCUAUAUUUCGAAAGAGUAGUGAUAUUUGACAAACAAUUUUUGACAAUUAUCAUGGCAACUUUUUUUUCCUCUCUUUCUAUUGGUUAAAAACAAUGGAGAGAGAAAAAAAGGAGGAGAGAAAAUAAAAAUAUGAUGUGAUUAUGAAAGAGAUAGUUGUCAAAAAGUUGUCACAAAUAUCAUUUCUCAUUUCGAAAUCGCGCGACUUCGGCCCUCCUCCGUCCACCGCCUUCGGAUUCAACCCGUCCAGUUUUUGCCUCGCCCAACAACAGGGGAAGUGAAAACAAAAUUCAGAAUUAAUAGCUUACAAGUAGCAAGGGUGCAGUAUUAGAUAGAAAUAAUGCGGAUCGUUGGACUGACUGGUGGAAUAGCAAGUGGCAAGAGCACUGUUUCCAAUUUAUUCAAGUCUAAUGACAUCCCUGUUGUCGACGCUGAUGUAGUUGCCCGUGAGGCGUUGAAAAAAGGAAGUGGUGGAUGGAAAAAGGUUGUUGAAGCAUUUGGGGAGGAAAUUCUACUAGACAAUGGUGAAGUUAACAGACCCCGACUUGGCCAAAUUGUUUUUGCCGAUCCUGAUAAGCGUCAAUUUCUCAAUCGAUUGUUGGCUCCUUAUAUAUCCUCGGGGAUCUUUUGGGAAGUUGUGAAGCUGUGGUCAAAAGGUUAUAAGGUCAUCGUUCUCGACGUCCCUUUGUUAUUUGAGGCCAAGAUUGACAAGUUCACGAAGCCCAUAAUUGUUGUGUGGGUUGAUCCUGAAACACAGAUUCAGAGACUCUUGGCAAGAGACAAUUCUAGUGAGGAGGAUGGUCGGAACAGGGUUAAUGCUCAGAUGCCGCUUGAUGUUAAAAGGAGUAAAGCUGAUAUAGUAAUAGACAACACCGGUUCACUUGAUGACUUGAAUGAACAAUUUCAGAACGUUUUGGUUCGGGUCACUGGACCUUUGACAUGGUAUGAGUUUUGGCAAUCUAGGCAGGGAGUCUCGAUCAUUCUUGCUUCACUUACCUCGGGUGUUGUUCUAUGUAUGAAGGUAUUUAACAACAACAGUUUAUAACCACUUGCCUAUAGGUGUUUUGUGAAGUGCUUAACGGUAUCUAUUUCUAAAUUCACAACAAAUAGAUAUACCAUAACACUGCUCAAGUUCCAAGACGAUAUUUGAAUUUCCAUGUUUUUAAGUAAGUAUAAGAGAAGAACUAUAUUUUUUGUUCCCCUUGUUUGGGUCUCAUUUUCUUUCCUUUUAUCGUUGGUGGUUGAGAAAAUGACUAAAAGUUCAUUUGGUCAUAAAGACUUUCGGGUGAUAUUAUUGCUAUAUUAUUACAUA